GGAAGUGGCGAUAUUCGGAGAUUGGCUGUAGUUGAAUGCAGGGCGUGGAAAGAAGGCUCGUCUUUCGAUCGUAGGGCGUUACUUGACGCGAUAAAGGAGACAAAAAUUGAAAAAAGCCUGACUGGAAGCAGAAUUUUAAUCUUGUCCGAUGACGGUGCCAAACGCUGCGGGCCAUUCUGUGUUGUUUACAACUGCCUGGAGCAAAUAUCCCUUGACAACGAAUUUGAUAUGUUUACGAAUACACGUUUGCUGCAAAUUCGAAAACCGGAAUUUAUCUCAACAUUGGAUAAGUACCAGUUUUGCCAUGACGUUUUAGCCGAAUAUCUACAGAAUGAUACAGUAUAUGCUAAUUGCUAAAUGGGCCUAGCUGCAAAAAGUUAAACUUGAUUCAAUCAUACAUAAUUUUAUAAACAAACAUGUGAAUGGGAUUGGGAAGCAAGCGUCGACUGUGUUAACCCUCUCUGUAGUAAAAAUACUGAAAUGUUUAAUGUUUGCUUAAUGAGCACAGUCUGUAAAAAUAAUGAUUUUACCAAUUUCAGCCACUAAUUAUAAAUAUAU